CCGCUGAUAAAUCUCUUCUUCAGUUCCCCCAACCCACACACACACAAACACAAUGUCUUUCUCAGACUUCUCUAAGAUUGAAACCGUUUCCAAGUUGAACGACUACUUGAAGGACAAGUCCUACGUCGAAGGUACUUCUGCCACUCAAGCUGACGUUGCUGCUUUCAAGGCUUUCCAAUCCGCAUACCCAAACUUCUCCAGAUGGUUCAACCACAUUGCUUCCUUCUCUGAAGAAUUCGAAACCCUUCCAAAGGGCACUGGUGCUCCAGCUGCCGCUGCUGCCGAAGACGAUGAAGACUUAGAUCUUUUCGGCUCUGACGACGAGGAAGAUAACGCCGAAGUUGAAAGAUUAAAGGCUGAAAGAGUCGCUGCCUACAACGCCAAGAAGGCUGCUAAGGGUCCAAAGCCUGCUGCUAAGUCCAUUGUCACAUUAGAUGUCAAGCCAUGGGAUGAUGAAACCGACUUAGACGCUAUGCUCGCUCACGUCAAGGGUGUCGAGAUGCCAGGUUUGGUCUGGGGUGCUCACCAAUUCAUCCCUGUCGGUUUCGGUAUCAAGAAGUUACAAAUCAACUGUGUCGUUGAAGAUGACAAGGUUUCUCUUGAAGAAUUACAAAACCUCAUCGAAGAAGGUGAAGACUGGGUUCAAUCUACUGAUGUUGCUGCUAUGCAAAAAUUAUAAGCUGGUC